UUAGUCUUGUCUUGUCCCGGUCCUGACAUAGAAAUAUUUUUUCCUUGACAACUUUUGUUGUAAUUUUGUAGUGAUCAAUGGAAUAACAUGUGGAAGAAUAAAAAAAAAAAGAGAUAUCAAUUCAAACUCAUACGUGUUUUUUUUUCACUCGCUUUUUAUAAAAGUAUCUCAGAAAAAAAAUCUGUUAAGCCGACAUUUUUUUUCCCCAGUUGCAAUUCGGCUUAUGUAUGAGUUAUGCAAAUAUGGAUGUACUUGUAUAUAACGAAUUAAAUUGUCGAUGAACGUUUAACUUCACCCUGUUAACAACACUUAGUGGAGGAUUUCUUAAUUAGAACAGAGUUUUAAUUUUUUUUCGAUAUUUUACUCUUUUUUUUAUAGCUCAAAAUGAGGGCAAAGCCACUAUUUUGUGUGUUUUUCUGUCUGCUGGCCAUAGAUCCCGUGACGUCACAGAGAGUGUUGGGAGCUUUGCUAGGCGGAGCUCUUGGACACCAGUUGACUGGCGGACAUCCCUUGGGGCUCAUCGGCGGGGGACUCAUAGGGCACCAACUGUUCAAUGACCGUGGGGGCGGAUGGAGAGACGAUUGGAGAGACGACUGGAGAGGCGGCAGGGGUAGGGGGCGUGGCGGUAGAUGGCGUGGAAGGUUUGACCGCUGGGACGAUUGGGAUGAUUGGAGGGGGCGUGGCAGAGGAGGCGGAUGGAGACGUGGAGGAAGAGGAAGGGGGCGUGGCGGUCGCCGAGGACGUUGGUGAAUGGGCGCGGAUCUAGCUGUUUAUAUCUUAAGGAGCGGAUCUUAUAGCUGUGUGGAUCUCUAUAUAUCUAUGGGGAAUUUAUGUACAAACGACUUACCCUAUGAUUUCACUGUGGGAUGUGUAUUGUGCAGCUUUUUCGUGAACAUUAUUUGGUAACAGAUUUUAUUUUGUCAAUAUUGAAUUCUAAUCAAUAAAAAAAAUCUUGAAAUGUAAACUUUGCUUCCUUGUGUGAUUGACCAUCAGCUGAUUUUAAAGGAAGUUAAAAUGAAGUCUCAUGCAUAUGGUUUUGAUCAUUUCGCGCAUCUUUGCUAGCCAAGGGUUUUUGAUCUGUUCAUCCUUGCAAAGGAGCGUAAAUUACCCUUAGCUAGCGAAGAUGCUACGGAAGAUGAUAUAAAAAUAAAGAUACAUAGAUUAAAUUCUAUUGAAAUUCCAGAGAUUUUUUUUAUUAAAUUGUCUCGUGUCAUUAUAAAAUCUUUCUUUCUUGUAUAUUUAUCUAUUUUUAGCGACGAAUGAAAAACAUACAUGUAGAAAGAAAAUAACCCAAUAAAAGAAAGCAUAUAUAGCGACACCAGUAUUUCAAUGUAUGGCUAAUGGUGAAGUGUUAAAUAAAGAAAAAAACAGUAGUUUUUACUUAGUUUUCGAGUUUCAUGGACCAGAAUACCUCGAACUGAAAGGUUUUUUUCUACUUGAUAUCACCUUCUUCAAACAUUUUUGUCCGGGCGUAGAGUUUUUUCAAGUCAAUUUUUUAUCGGGAAAAUUGAAGAUUCUAGCGAUUUUAAUGCAUGGGGUCUUUCUUUGUUGUCAAUAUCAUUAUUGUGCAUUGAACCUAGGAUAUUUUCUUGAUUUAAUAGUUACAAUAUAUUGUUGUCUUAAAGUUCAAGUCUAUAUUUUUUAAAUAUUUGUCUUUUAAAUAAAAUAAACCUCGAUCAACUUAAAGUUUGGUACAUAAAUUGUUGAAAACAAGAAGGAUUAUUUAUGCCAUAAUUUGAUAGCCUUGUUAGCUCAAACAAUUUUUUAAUAUACAUUGUACACUAUAGACGACUGUUUA